CAUAACAAUAAAAACAAUUUAGCCGUCAAAAUUAUUGUAAAACCCUUCAUAUAUAAAAUAGAAUUUUUCAUAAUGAAACCACUAGAAUCUCAACAAACAAACGAUAACAAUGAAGAGGAAGAAGAUAGUGAAAUAUUUAAGUCUGAAGAUGAAAUGAAAAGAUCUCUUACCAGAUUAUGUUAUGGCGACUUAUGCGUUAUUGGAAAGAUUUGGAUAAGGGCUUUAAAAUAUGUAUUGGUUGGAGCAAGGAUGAGUUUAGUACCAGUUGUGAAGGCUGCAAAGCCUGCAGAAUGUCCGAAAAGACCUCCUCCUAUGAAAUAUAAAGAUUUACCAAUAUAUAAAAGUCCACACUACGAUUACAAAGAUCAUAUAGCGCAGAAAGAAAGGUGUCCUGAAGCGAAUGAUAAAUUAAUACACAACUAUCUCUUUCCACGCGUCGCAUGCUAUAGGAGAUGUAUCCAGGAACAGUUCAAUGAAACCAGAUGUAUGUUAAAGAAUACUUGUAAGGACAUAUGCUCGUCUAUAAACUCUUCUAAGAAGGAUUUCAAGAGAUACAUGAGAUGCCCUGAGAAUUUACAGUUGCGUCAAGCAGUUCUUGCAACCAGUACUGCAACAGGGUUCUUAUUAGGGUCUGGAAGAGGUAUUCCUCGUCGUUUGUUCUUCACGGGACUUGGUGCUUUGGCUGGAGGAGCAUUAUGUUUCCCGAAAGAAACUGAUGAGGCGUUCAGGAGUUUUCUCUUCAAUACUGGUAAGGGGUUUAUUAAUGCGUACAAUUUGUAUUGUGGGAAGGGAUUUGCUUUGAGAGAGAGAAUUCCUUGUAAGGAUGAUAUGCCUCCACCUCCUCAGCCAAGGAAACAGCAGUGUCCUGAAAAGAAGUGAAAUAAUUUUAAUUAGAAAUCAAAUACUAACUCAGUCGUUAAUCAAAAUGCGUAUUCAAUAGACUAUAUGAACAGUAAUAAUGAUAAAAUGAAAUAAA